AUGAGCUCACAGGAAGCUUUGGGGCCUGUCCAGAAGCUUACGCAAGUUUUGGUUGAUAAGUUCAUGUUGCUGGACGAUCUAUUGAAGGGUAUCGUCUUUGGCAUCGGUGCCGUUGUUGUAGUUAUCUUAACUGCGAUAAUUCUCAUCAAGAUCAUGUUGAUGAGCCAAGAAGGUAGCAGCAAGACGGAGACUGAGAAACCCCGGGCUACUGAGAAGGGCAAUUCGGUAUCGUCAAAACAGACUGCCAAGUCUACUUCUAUAGCAAGCUCAGCCGAGGAAGAUGACCCACACGCACAUCUGUUGUCGAGAAAAGUCAUUCCUAUCGAAUCCAAUGGCGACUACGAAGAGGAAAUGGAGAUUUCAUUAAUGGAAGAAGAUUGA